UGUACAAGAAAAUGAUGAGGGACGUUUACAACAACUCCAACGACCGAUGAUGACAAGAAACCACAGACAUCCUAGGAGUGGCAAUCUAACAAGGAAAAUCAGUGAUGUAGAGACUCACAUUUGUGGUGAAGUAGUACUACUGCUCUUCUUUGGAACUCUCCUAGGAGUAGAAUUUAAUAAUUCAUGAAUACUUGCAAAUAGACAACAGAUUAUUGUAUUCUUGAUUUAUCUAACUGGGUUUAAAAUCCCUAUAAAUGUGCUGAAGAGCUACACACUUAGAAGAUAUCAUAAGGAAUCAAUAGCAGGUCUAGGCUGAGGAGUUGUAUCGAAAAUUUUUCUGACCGGCUGGAUGAUUUAUUCCUACAUCAAUUUCUUCAGCCACCAUAAUGAGAAUGGAACAUGUCAGAACUAUUGGCCUAUCUAUUUAUAUCUUGGCUAUGGUUUCUAUGUCUUCUUACAAGCAUGUAUAUUCAUAUGAACGUGAAGCAUUCUUCUUGUGUUUAUCUGAAUCUACACCCGACGGAUGAACAGGCCAAACUGGACUGGAGCGAAUAACCAAAUGUUAAAUCGACUCGUAAGGACUAAUUUUACACCAGAGAACUACAACGAAGAUGAAGCUUGACCUGUCUGUCUUGAAGAAUUUAAGGAAGAGGAUGAAAUUAUCACUCUUCCAUGUAAUGGAAGACAUAUCUUUCACACUAAAUGCAUCCUUGAAUGGCUUCCUAGGAACAAUGCAUGCCCUCUUUGCAAAGAGCCUGUAUCUAUCGAAAGUAUUGAAAGACAACAAAACGAUGAUGAAUAA